UUGUUAACACAAAUAUUUUGUGCUAUCAAAGCACAAGAACGUAACGUUAUACUUUCAUUUCUGGAAUUUCUACAACGCGGUCAGACUGAAGUUAAUCUCGAAAAUCGUGAUAACAUUUACAAUUUAUUAGCAGAAUAUGAUUUUAUAGUAGUGGGUGCAGGUACGGCAGGUUGUACAAUAGCCGCACGUUUGUCCGAAAAUCCAAAAUGGCGUGUUCUAUUGUUAGAAGCGGGCGGUCCCGAAAAUCUAGUUAUGGAUGUGCCCAUCGUAGCGCAUUUCUUACAACUCGGUGAAAUGAAUUGGAAGUAUCGUACACAAGCGACAAAUACGGCUUGUCUCGCCAUGAAUAAUAAUCGUUGUAACUGGCCGCGCGGUAAGGUUAUGGGUGGAUCGUCGGUACUCAAUUAUAUGAUGUACACACGUGGUAAUCGUAAGGAUUAUGAUCGUUGGGCGGAAUUAGGUAAUGAAGGUUGGAGUUAUCGAGAUGUGUUACCAUAUUUUCAAAAAUAUGAAGGCUCAACGGUACCAGAUGCGGAACCAGAUUAUGUUGGCCGCAAUGGUCCAGUCAAAAUUUCCUAUCUUAAAUGGCGUACCGCUAUAGCAGAUGCUUUCGUUGCGGCAGCACAACAAGAUGGUUUGAAAUAUCGUGACUAUAAUGGACAUAUACAAACGGGAGUGUCCUACUUACAAACAACAACAUAUAAUGCUUUACGUUGGAGUUCAAACCGUGCAUAUUUAUAUCCAUUAAAAGGAAAACGUCCAAAUUUGCAUAUAAAAAAAUUUGCUUUAGUCACUAAAGUUUUAAUCGAUCCAGAUACAAAAACUGCUUAUGGCAUUAUAAUGAGUACUGGUGGAAGGUCGUACAAAGUGUUAGCAAAACGUGAAGUUAUUUUAAGCGCUGGUGCUAUUAAUACACCACAAUUGUUAAUGUUAUCGGGUGUAGGACCUGCAAAACAUUUACGGGAAAUGGGUAUAAAACCAUUAGCAGAUUUAGCUGUUGGUUAUAAUUUACAAGAUCACAUAGCACCAGCACUGACUUUUCUAACGAAUGCUACAUCAUUGCAUUUUGAGGCUUUUUUCGAAAGUAGAAGAAUAAAUCAAUUUAUGAGCGGUGAGGGUCCUUUUGGAUUACCUGGCGGAUGUGAAGCAAUUGCUUUUUGGGAUCUCGAUCAUCCCACAAAACAAGAUGGUUGGGCUGAUAUUGAGUUAUUUUUUGUUGGUGGAGCUUUAAAUUCUAAUCCUGCUAUAAUGAAUGCAUUUGGUUUAAAACAAAAUUUGUAUCACGCUUUAUAUGAGGAUAUUGAGCGUGAUAAUUUGGAUGCGUUUAUGAUAUUUCCAAUGAUACUUAGACCAAAAAGUCGUGGACGUAUAAUGCUCAAGAGUAAAGACCCAUUAAAAUAUCCACUUAUAUAUGCAAAUUAUUUUGCACAUCCUUACGAUUUGGAUAUAGCUGUGCGUGGUAUGUUAAAAGCUAUAAGUUUAAUGGAUCAACCAGCAUUUAAGGCAAUCAAUGGGAGAUUACUAGAGAAAGUAUUACCGACUUGUAAAAAAUAUGGUUAUAAAACAAGAGCUUAUUGGGAAUGUUAUGCACGUCAUUUCACUUUAACUAUUUAUCAUUACUCGGGAACAGCUAAAAUGGGGCCUUACACAGAUCGUUCAGCAGUAGUGGAUCCAAGACUGCGCGUUUAUGGUAUAAAAAAUCUAAGAGUAGCUGAUGCUAGUAUAAUGCCAGAAUUAAUAGCAGGUCAUCCAAAUGGUCCGGUGUUUAUGAUAGCAGAGAAGGCGGCUGACAUGAUCAAACAGGAUCACAAUUACAUAGCAGGUUAAAAAAUUCGCGAAUUUAAAUUUUUUAUUUAGGGAAGUUAUGCUUAAGUACUGCGUGUGUAUAGUUCAAGAGCCAUGCCAAUGCCAAAUUUUUGAUAUGGAUGGCGCAUAGUAAUCGAAGUUAAAAACAAUAUAUUGUGUUGCAUUGAUCGUUGCUGACAUUAAAUUGUGGUUUACGUGGUUAUUGACAUGCAAGACUAUAAGCAGAAAAUUCAAACAAUUUUCAGUGAAGUAGAAUAUCAAAGUUAUUCGCAUUAUUUUUAUUUUAUUUUAUACAAAAUUUACUAACUCUAUUCUAAGCUACCCCCUUGCCAACGCCAACACUAAAACAUUGCAUCUACAAGCAAUAAAAUUAGUAACUGAAAAACUAACUUAAGUAGCAAAACAAAAGCGAAAAAAUAUCUGCAAGUUCAGCGUGAACGUCGUCAUCAACACUUUAUCGCCGUUACCAAAAACCGCUGCUUCAUAGACGGCACAACAACAAACACAGCAGAGACAAAAAUUAAACUAUGAGCAGACACUCAAAACAACCUGUUUGAUUGUAAGCGUGAUCUCUGAGAUACUUAUUCGCAUGAACUAUCAAGUAUAAAGAUACUAGCAAAUCGGCAAAGAAGGAGAAUGACACAAGCGCUAGGCAAUACGUUUUUACUUAAUAUUAAAGUGAACUUGAAUAGACCAAAAGUCAGCAUUUAUAGUUACGUAUUCGAUUAGUCAAGACGAACUAACGGACGGGCUCGCGUUAAAGAACUUUAUAUCGCGGCAGCGUUAAAAAAAAUUAAUUUGAAUUUAAUAUUAAAAAAUCGAAUUUGAAAAAAAAAUUUAUUAAAAAAGUUUUAUA